CACGGUGGAACAAAUAAACAUUUAGAAUUCACUUGAGUUUUAUGACAGAGUUUUCAGCACGUUUAUAAUGAAUGUUACAAUACGUGUAGCCGUUAGCCUGCUAGUUAACCAAUGCAAAUCUCCACCUAGAUACCAACGAUGCUUAAUGCUGUUGCUGAGAUUACACACCAGAUUCGCUUCCUUUCCAUUUAAUAUAUUAUAGAAUGUGUCAUUUUGUAAUAAUCCACCUUAAUAAUGUACGUUUACUCGAUUAGACCUACAUGAUUAAUGACACGGUUCUGUAGAGUUAGUUAAUUCAAUGGUAAACUAAUAUUCCCACACAUAGACAGUCUCCAGGGCUCAUUUGUGCUGGCUGUGUAUAAACAGACUGCUUCUGUACAGAAAAUUGUUGUCCGUUGCAUACUACCUACCUACCGACCCACACACUAAAUUUGCAGAUGCAAAAAUGACAACAGAAGUCGACUUUCUUCGAGAUCAAGUGAAUCGUUUAAACUCCGUCCUGGGUCGAUAUCAGGAUGAAUUUCCUCCUCCUUCCUCGGUGUCACAGACAGGAGAUGUGGUCCUGGAAUCUGCAGCUCCCUGGCUUUCAGACAGAGGUCUAAUGGCUCCUCUAAUAGAAGAAUAUGACAGGCACAUACAACAGAUGGAGAUGCAGCUCAAGUUCUAUCAGAGGCAGAUGACAGACGUCAAAGCAAGCCUGGAGCAGGUGGUUAAGGAAAACGAGCGGCUUCACGCAGAGCAGAGAAUGUCCAUUGAAAAGCAGUUGCAGUCUCUGUCCAUCGGAACAGGAGGAGACGCGACAGCGGACGCAAUCGCCGUUAGCAAUCUGGAGGAGCAGGUCAAGUGUUCCGUGGAGGAGAAAGAACGGGCUCUUCAGAUGUGGCAGACUGCUUCACAGGAGUUGGAUCGACUUCAGACGCAGUAUCAGAGCUCCAUAAGUGACGGACAAAUACAUGCAGUUGAACGGCAACAUAUGCAGAAUCAGCUGGCGCAGGUUCAGCAACACAGCCAGAAGCUCCAGCUGACCAAUCAGAAGCUGGAAUCAACCAAUCAGCAGUUUUUGAAGACUGUGGCGGAGCAGAGCAGUGAGCUGGAGGAGUUACGCAGCCAACUCAGGCAAGCCAAGCUUGAGCAGAGAUCUUCUGCGACUAAAGUGGAGGAGAUGACCAGACUCCUGCAGAAUGUCCAGGAUCAGAUGCAGAGGAGGGAAGAAGAUGCGGCAGAAGCUCAGGGUAGAGAAGAAGCAUCUGAUCGGAGACUACAGCAACUACAAGCAGCACUGAAGCAGCUAGAAUCCAGACUCAAAGCUGCAACGCAGGACUCUGAGUCAGUGCGCAGGAAGCAGACGGAUUGGGAGCGGCAAGUGGGAGAACUGCAGGGUCGCUGCGCUUCUCUGGAAGAGGAGAAAUUUGAAGCCCUCAGUCGCCUCCGCAACUCCAUCCAGCUGGCUGAGGAAGCCUCGCUUCAGAGAGAACAGGCUCAGCUGAGGGAGAAACAGAGAGCAGAAGAGAUGGAGAAGAUGAAAGAUGCCAUGAAGCAGCUGAUCCAGGAUGCUGCCAUGCGCACCAGGAAAGAGGUAGAGAGUGUCCGUAAGCAGUGUAACGUUCAGAUUCAUCGUAUGGCUGAGGAGCUUUCUGCCCUGCAACUGGAAUGUGCCGAUAAAGAGACACAGAUUGAAAGAGCCCACCGGGAGAGAAAAGCUGUGGAAGAGGAGCUGGAGAAGGUCUAUAAAGAGGGCCGAAUUGGAGAGCCUGAGAUGAGGAAGAUGGAGGCUCUUCAUCAGAGAUGCUUAAAUGCUGAACGACUGAAAGACGAAAUGCAACUCACACUCAACAGCACUAAAAACAAGAUGAAGAAGAUGGAGAUGGAGUAUUCGGAGGAGCUGUCACGCUGUCAGGAGGAGGUGCGCAGGCUGCAGUCCACCUUGACAAGUGCAAGACAGGAGAGUUCGGCCAUCAGCGAAGAGAGACUCACGCUGCAGCAAGAGAACCAGCAACUGCACAGAGACAUGGAAGCGCUGCGCAAAGAGUGUGCACUCGCUCAGAGACGUGCCAAACAACAGGUGUCUUCGAUGCAGCAGGAGCUGUGUGUGAAGGAGCAGGGUUUGGAGACCAGGCUGAGAGAGAUGGAGGAGAGCAGCAAAAACUCCAGCGCUGGUUUGACCAGACUGCUGCUCGCGCAACAGAAAACCAUCAGCCGCUACAAAGACGAGGCCAAGAACCUCACUCAGGCUUUCCAGCAGAAACUCAACAGCCUCAGGUCAGAAUUGAACAGACAGAAGCAGCGCGCUCAGGAACUGGAGAUCCAGAUGGAAGCUGAUCAUCAGAAGAUACUGGAGUACGAAAGGCAGGUUUCAGAGCAGCAAGAGAAGAACACACGUUUACAGAGGCGUCUUACUCAGGCAGAGCAGCGUGCAGCCAGUGCAUCACAACAGCUGAGUGUGAUAUCACAGCGGAGAAAAGCUGCAUCCAUGAUGGAUCUCGAGACUUUAUCAUAGAUAAACAGAAGCUGGUUUUCACCAUCAUCCUCUUUUAUAAAGGAUCACCCUGAUCAGAUGUUUUUUUGGCUUCACAGUGUUUAACGUCUAGAGCUUUCACUGGCAGGAUUCCCAUGUGUUCAAUGGCAAUUAAUGUAAUAAAAAGAGGUUGAGUUCACCAUUAAGGAAACCAUUAUAAUGACUGUUUUGGGAGAGUUGUAACUGGCUAAUGCUGAAUGGAGCUCUGGCUAAUGUAAAUUUUUUCUUAGUGAAUGUAAAAAUGAGCCGAUUUAAAUUUACGCUAACCGAAUCACUUUUUGUUUCAAAGACACCGGUGUCAAAAUUACUACGAAGCCAAAGUUUUGUUUUGUUUUCUUGAAAUUCUACUUGUUGCACAAAUUACCAAUUAUACAAAUGCUUUUAAAACUGCGCAGAUGGGUUUAUAGUCUUCCUAGAAAACAUUUUGUUCGGGUUAGCUUGUGCCAUUGUAAGAAUUGACCAAUAAAUACAAUAAUUUAUACCAAAA